AUGACCGAUGGUCAGACGGAACGUGUCAAUCAAAUACUGGAGGACAUCUUGAGAGCGGUAGCCAUGGAAUGGCAAGUGGGUGACAAGAUUCUACUUCCUGUGUCUCCAAUGAAAGGAGUAGUUCGCUUUGGUGCUCGUGGAAAGUUAAGCCCACGUUUCAUAGGUCCUUAUGAUAUUAUGGAGAAAGUAGGGAAGUUAGCCUAUCGGCUAGCAUUGCCUAAUGCUCUGGUUAAAGUGCACGACGUUUUUCACAUUUCUCAGUUGAAACGUUACGUCGCAGCCUCUUCUCAUGUAUUAGAUUCAGAGGCGUUAGAACUUGAUGAGAGCCUAACCUAUGAGGAUCAGCCUGUCCGGAUAUUGGAUAAGAAGGUCCCUAGUACUCGUCGGAAGGAUAUCACUAUGGUUAAAGUAUUAUGGUCCAAUCACUGCUCACAAGAGGCAACCUAG